CAACAAAUUAAUUUUAAAAAUUUAAAAAUCAAAAUGAUAUUUGCCUCAAAAGAGGUUGUAAUUUGCUUUUAUCAAUAUUAUUUUGAGAUUUUCUUUCUAAUUUUCUUUAAUAUUUUCUUUUUCUGUUCCUGAAAAAAGUCCCUUUAAAAAUCACAAAAUCAAGAAAAAGAAGAAAGAGACGGCUUACGUGUACGAUUAAAUCCCCGGAUUCGCAUUGCCACUCUCAGGGCUGCAGAGCCACAACCGAUCUGAUCUCACGCUCUCUCUCCUGUCUUGUCACACACUACGUUCUGUUUAAAGUCCUCUCACCGUCAAAAUGUCUUCCCAACGCAUAGAUUCUCCCGAAAAUCUCUCCAUCAUUCUCAUUGGCCUCCCCUUCCUCUCUAAUUCUGUUUCCUAAAAUCCCCCUUCACAUAGCACUUAACCUCUCCCACUCCCCCCAAACACGCUCGUCAUUAUCUCCUUUUCUAAAAUUUGCUCUUAUUCCUCUAGGGUUUUUUUUUUUUUUUUAACUUGUUGAUGGCAUUUUCUUAAUCGAUGGCGGCGAGUUCCGGAGGUUUCGCGACUCAGCUCGAGUUCAAGCUCUUCACGCUCCAUGUCUACCAUGGAUUGGCACCGAGUAAAAGAAUUCUGUGUGAUCGACUCACUAUGUUGAGUCGAGUCAGUUGCUGCUGCUCCGACUCGGUGGUACAGAUCCGGAGAGCCAGCGGCUCAGGCAAGAGCAAUGAGAAGACGGAGGACUGGCGGUUCGACUCCAAGAAAAGCCCUCACAGGGUGCGAGUCCAGGCCUCUCCUGCAAUGCCGUUUACUUCGGCUCAAUCUCGAUUUCCUUCCAAACAAGAAAAGUUCUACCCUCGGUGCACUUCCAGAAAUUCUGGUCCUCAGCCUCGUGAUACUCCACCAAAAAGAGACACUGGUAUUGCAAAUGAGAAGGACUGGGACAUUAGCUUGUUAAAUGAGAAUGUUAAUGAGUCUGGUACAAAUGAAGAUGGCAGUAUGUGGUAUCGGGAAAGUGGGGAGGACCUUGGUGAAAAUGGAUACCGGUGUAGAUGGACGAGGAUGGGUGGUAAAUCCCAUGAUGGUUCCUCUGAAUGGAAGGAAACGUGGUGGGAGAAAAGUGACUGGAGUGGAUACAAAGAGCUAGGUGUUGAGAAAUCAGGAAGAAAUGCUGAAGGAGACUCAUGGUGGGAAACAUGGCAAGAAGUGCUUCAUCAAGAUGAAUGGAGUAAUUUAGCAAGGAUAGAGAGGAGUGCUCAGAAGCAAGCAAAAUCAGGCACUGAAAAUGCUGGUUGGUAUGAGAAAUGGUGGGAGAACUAUGAUGCUAAAGGCUGGACAGAAAAAGGGGCACAUAAGUAUGGUAGACUGAAUGAACAGUCAUGGUGGGAGAAGUGGGGAGAGCAUUAUGAUGGAGGUGGAUCUGUUCUUAAAUGGACAGAUAAAUGGGCUGAGACUGAAUUGGGAACUAAAUGGGGAGAUAAGUGGGAAGAGAAGUUCUUUGCUGGCAUAGGUGCACGUCAAGGGGAGACAUGGCAUGUAUCUCCAAGUAGCGAACGUUGGUCAAGAACAUGGGGUGAGGAGCAUUUCGGGAAUGGGAAAGUACACAAAUAUGGGAAGAGCACAAGUGGUGAAAGCUGGGAUAUAGUUGUUGAUGAGGAGACGUAUUACGAGGCUGAACCUCAUUAUGGAUGGGCGGAUGUGGUGGGCGACUCAAGCCAGUUGCUAACGAUCCAACCUCGGGAGAGGCCGCCUGGUGUUUGCCCAAACCUUGAUUUUGGGUCCUCACAACGUCAAGAUGAUGAUGAACCUGACGUUCCUCCCAGCUCACAAUGAGGAGACCGUAUCUUUUUGUCCCCAUUUUUUGUUGUAGGUGGUUUAAAUCAAUUUAUCUUAAUCAUAUAUUGGUUGGAAUUUGUGUAACGGAACAUUUUGCAUUACUGCUGUUCGAUUUAUUCGUUCUUUUCAGUGCGUGGCGAUUGUGCCGAGAUAAAUCUUUUUUUUUUAAAAUGCCGGAGGGAUAUAUUUUACAUUCAAAGAGUAAUCAUCUUAAAAAUGUUGCUUUGUUAAGGGGUUGUAAUAAAGUAUGUUAAGGAAAAUUAGGUUGGAUUUGACAAAAAAUAUUGGCUGGUGUCAGUGUAAGCGAAGGUGCCACGUGUAUAUUUAACAAUAUUGGGCUUCCAAGAAUUUUACGGAAUCUGUUAUUCAGGACUUCAACCACAUGGGUCGACUACGGGCCUUGGACAUUGGGGGGUACAUUGAAGUCCAUGGAUAUCUAUAAUUAGUAUCAUGGGCACAUAGAUAUCCAUGGGCCAUUGACCCAACAUAGGCCCAUGAUACCUACGAUUCGGGUUCAAUAGAAGCCCAUAAAGACAUUCACUGAAAUUAUAUUUGGGCAUCGUUUGGGUCAAAGUUGGGCUCGAUCUAGGCCUUAGUAUGUCGAUAAUCGCUCUAGAGAACUUUUAAGAGAACGUUUGUCAAUUUGUGCCUCAUGUUUUUUGGCCCAACUAGUGCAUUAAUGGGUCAAUAUUUAGUGGAAACUUAAGCCCAUCUGGGUCAACGUGGGUUUAAUUCUGCGCCCAAGAUUAAGCUUCAUGAUAACAAAGUUGGGCCUAAGUUUCAAAGUUUCAUCUAAACUUGGACCUUUGGUCAUAAUUGGACCCAAAAUUGUGACUUAGUUAAAAUUUGGGCAAAGCUAGCUUUUUGGGUAGCCUCAUAUUGGGGCCCUAACUAGUUCAUUAAUGGGUCCAUGUUUGGUGGAAACUUAAGCAAUUUUGGGUCACCUGGGCUUAAUUGUAAAAAAUUGGGCCAUAGUUGGGUCUGUGUCUAAAAGUGAGCUUAAUUUUAGGCCCAUGUUUGGGCUUCAUUGUGGCGAAGUUGAUCCCUUGGUUGGGCCUAAGUUUUAACGUUGCAUCUAAGUUUGGGCCUGAGGACAUAAUUUUACCCCUAUGGGACUUAAAGUUGGCCGCGGUUAGGUUUUUGGGUUGCCUCUUGUAUUUGGGCCCAAACUAGUGCCAUUUGGUAAAAAGUUAAGCCCUUCUAAGUUAGCUUGGGCACAAUUUUGGACUAAUAUUUGGGCUUCUUUGUAAAUAAAUUGGCCUCGUAGUAGGGCUUCUGUUUAAAAGUUUCACUCAAUUGGGCCCUGGGUCGUAAUUGGACCCCAAAUUGUGACUGUAAAGUUGGGCUAUCUAGCUUUUGGGUUGUGGGGCCUACAAAAGCCUAAUUUGCAUAUCCCCAUAUCCAAACUAGGAGCCCAAACUGUACAUCUCCUUAGCCCAACUAGGAUCCCAAACAGCCUAUCGCCUUAGCCCAAUAAUUAAUUCUUACAAAGUUACUAACGAGUAUUGGGCCCAAACUUUAAUGCCCAAAAUUGUGACACUCAACCUGUAUUUGUCCCUAACAAUGUAUUUCAACUAAUGGAAAUGAGCCGAACGAUAAUCUCAAAAAACAAUAUUUGUUUAUAUUGUUUAUACACUAAAA